UCGCCAUGAGGGAGGUCACGUGGUUCGGGCCGGCGUUAGCCCUGCUGACGGGAUCCUUGGCCCUGCUCGCCGUGCAAGCACAGUACGUGCAACUGUACGACGCUGGCCCCGAGCCGUAUCAAAGGAACCUGCAACGGAGCCUUUCCUCCAUGAGUGGAGCAGAAUUGAAAUAUUGGCUGCAGCGGCUACUACGAGACGCCGCUUUGCUACGCAAGCGCUCACCAGACAACGAUGACGGGCAGGAUGCGAUGCCUCCCGGUUUCGUCGGGGCUCGUGGUCGGCGUCGAGACGUGAUUCUCGAGCAGCCACCGGGAUUUGUGGGUGCUCGCGGCAAACGUGGAUCGGAACUGCCACUGUUAUUGGCCGGCCUCGCGGCUUCAGGAGCCGAAGCACCCGGAGCGCAGAUAGACAGGCCACAAGACUCGCAAUGAACACCCCAUGCCUACUGCAGUUCUGUAUUGCAAAAGCAGAACUGGUUUCGAGUUGCACUUUGAUGAACCUGUCUGAAGCGCAGCACGAAGAGUAGGCGCUGUCAGGAAACAGGUAAUCUUCGCUGGCGUCUCCUCGUGGGUAUUUUCUGAAAUGUGCGAAUAAAAAUCAAAUGAAAGGAAAUUGAAUCAAU